CUUCUUCCUCACUUACCCUCCCCCACACUCACCUUCUCCUAACCGAACCCUAACUCUCUCGAAGAGAGAGAGAGAGAUCAUGAAGAUUCGUCUCCUCCUUCUCCUUCUCCUUCUUCUCCAUAUUUCCCAGAUUUUCACCGACGGCCGACCAAUCUCUGAGUUCCGAGCACUUCUGUCCAUCAAAUCCUCCCUCUCCGGAGCCGGAGACGGCCCAAAUUCGUCGCCGCUCGCCACGUGGAACGACUCGACCACCUUCUGUGCAUGGACCGGUGUCACUUGCGACGCCUCCGGCCGUCACGUGAUCUCCCUUGACCUGUCCGGCCUUAACCUCUCCGGGACUCUCUCCCCCGACAUCGCUCACUUGUUCCUGUUGCAGAACUUGUCCGUUGCUUCCAACCAAAUCUCCGGUCCCAUCCCACCGGAGGUCUCCUCUCUGUCUGGGCUUCGCUACCUUAAUCUCUCCAACAAUGUAUUUAACGGUUCAUUUCCGGAUGAACUCUCCGCCGGGGCGGUGAAUCUCCGGGUUCUCGAUUUGUACAACAACAAUCUGACCGGAGAUUUGCCGGUCUCUGUCACGAACCUGACCCACCUCCGACAUCUCCACCUGGGUGGGAACUAUUUCGCCGGUCGGAUCCCGCCUGCGUAUGGUAGCUGGCCGGUUCUUGAGUAUCUGGCGGUAUCAGGGAAUGAGCUCGUCGGGAAAAUCCCUCCGGAGAUCGGAAACCUUACUACUCUCCGGGAACUCUAUAUCGGUUACUACAACGCUUUCGAAGAUGGUCUUCCUCCGGAGAUCGGAAACUUGUCGGAGCUCGUUCGGUUCGACGCCGCCAACUGUGGUUUGACCGGCAAGAUUCCUCCCGAGGUUGGGAAGCUGCAGAAGCUUGACACGUUGUUUCUCCAAGUGAAUGCGCUUUCUGGGCCAUUAACUACGGAGCUCGGAACGCUUUCAAGCUUGAAAUCCAUGGAUUUGUCCAACAAUAUGUUCACAGGCGAGAUCCCGGCAAGCUUUGCACAAUUGAAGAACCUGACGCUCUUGAAUCUUUUCAGGAACAAGCUCCAUGGUGCCAUACCGGAGUUUAUCGGCGAUCUGCCUCAGCUCGAGGUGUUGCAGCUAUGGGAAAACAACUUCACUGGAAGCAUUCCCCAGAAAUUGGGGCAAAACGGUAAACUACAGUUUCUCGACCUGUCCUCCAACAAGCUCACUGGAACUCUUCCGCCGAACUUGUGCUCCGGCAACAAGUUACAGACCCUAAUCACUCUCAGCAACUUCUUGUUUGGCUCCAUCCCGGAUUCACUCGGCGAGUGUGAGUCCCUGACUCGGAUCCGGAUGGGCGAGAAUUUCCUCAACGGGUCGAUUCCGAAGGGACUUUUCGGACUACCCAAACUGUCCCAAGUCGAGCUCCAAGACAACUACCUCAGUGGCGAGUUUCCGGUGAGUGGCAGGGUAGCCGUGAACCUUGGUCAGAUCAGUUUGUCCAACAACCAGCUCUCCGGUCCGUUACCUCCGGCCAUCGGAAACUUCUAUGGCGUCCAGAAACUUCUCCUCGACGGAAACAAAUUCACGGGUCCGAUUCCGCCGCAGGUCGGGAAGCUUCAGCAGCUGUCGAAGAUGGAUAUCAGCCACAACCAGCUCUCGGGUCGGAUAGCACCGGAGAUUAGCCAAUGCAAGCUCCUAACUUUUGUUGAUCUAAGUCGAAACGAGCUAUCUGGUGAAAUCCCAAACGAGAUCACGGGUAUGAGGAUACUGAAUUACUUAAACUUGUCCAGAAACCAUCUCGUAGGUCCGAUUCCUGCUUCUGUAGCUUCGAUGCAGAGCUUGACAUCCGUUGAUUUCUCUUACAACAAUCUCUCCGGUUUAGUUCCGGGAUCCGGACAGUUCAGUUACUUCAAUUACACAUCUUUCUUGGGCAAUGCGGAUUUGUGUGGUCCGUAUCUGGGUCCUUGUAAAGACGGAGUUGCCAAAGGAACUCACCAGCCUCAUGUUAAAGGAUCCUUAUCUGCCUCCAUGAAACUGUUAAUCGUCCUGGGGUUGCUCAUAUGUUCCAUUGCGUUCGCUAUAGCAGCCAUAAUCAAAGCCCGAUCCUUGAAAAGGGCGAGUGUGUCACGGGCAUGGAGGCUGACAGCUUUCCAGAGAUUAGAUUUCACUUGUGAUGAUGUUUUGGACAGUCUGAAGGAAGACAAUAUCAUUGGCAAAGGUGGUGCUGGCAUCGUCUACAAAGGCGUGAUGCCUAAUGGCGACCAAGUCGCCGUCAAGAGGUUGCCGGCGAUGACACGUGGAUCUUCCCACGAUCAUGGGUUCAAUGCCGAGAUUCAGACACUGGGGAGGAUCAGACACAGACACAUUGUGAGGUUGCUCGGGUUUUGCUCGAACCAUGAGACAAAUCUACUCGUGUACGAAUACAUGCCCAAUGGUAGCCUGGGCGAGGUUCUUCACGGGAAGAAAGGAGGGCAUUUGCAUUGGGACACACGGUACAAGAUCGCACUUGAAGCCGCUAAGGGACUCUGCUAUCUCCACCAUGACUGUUCCCCUCUGAUCGUUCACAGGGAUGUCAAGUCCAACAACAUCCUUCUUGAUUCCAGCUUCGAAGCUCAUGUCGCUGACUUUGGUCUUGCCAAGUUCUUGCAAGAUUCCGGCACUUCUGAAUGCAUGUCCGCCAUCGCCGGUUCUUACGGUUACAUCGCUCCAGAAUAUGCGUAUACAUUGAAAGUGGACGAGAAGAGCGAUGUCUACAGCUUUGGUGUAGUUCUUCUCGAACUCAUCACCGGGAGGAAACCCGUCGGUGAAUUUGGAGACGGCGUCGAUAUCGUCCAAUGGGUACGCAAAAUGACGGAUUCGAACAAAGAAUCAGUGGUGAAAGUGAUAGAUCCGAGGCUGUCCUCAGUGCCCAUCCAAGAAGUAACGCAUGUCUUCUACGUCGCCAUGCUAUGCGUCGAAGAGCAGGCCGUGGAGCGGCCCACAAUGCGCGAAGUCGUCCAGAUCCUCGCUGAAAUUCCCAAAAUGCCCCCUUCAAAGCCGGAUCCCACCGCCGGGGAGAAGUCGCCGGCGCAUGAGUCGUCACCGAAGGGCGGGAGAGGAGAUGACGGAAAUGACCCCGGUCGGGUUCCACCCGAUCUCCUGAGCAUAUGACAUCGUGGGGUUGGGCGAUGGAGGGGCAAAAUCGUCUUUUCACACAUCGUCUAUGUUUGUCGUGGAGCUUUCUGAUAGAUUAAAAAAAUGAGCUUUCUACUGUUUUAUGGUCAGUCCGGUUAAGGCAAGGACCAGUUCCGGUUUAGUCUCCAUUUCCCCUUUUUAAGUUUUUUUUUUUUUUUUUUUUGGGAUCUGCUCUUGUUACCUUUUUGUUUUGAAUAUUCUCGAUUAUGUACAGUAGGAUUUGGUGGAUGAUUUUUUAAAUUUUAAAAAUUCGAGGAAAAAA